AUGGACAUCCUGACGCUGCAGUUCGGCCAUUUUGCCAACCAUGUCGGGGCGCAUUUCUGGAACUUCCAGGACGAGAUUGCCGGAAUACAGGACCAGAAGGUUGACGAGCUGGCGGAAGACCCGCCCGUGGACUUCGAGCGGCAGUACCGCAGGGUGGAUAUCGGCCGAGAUGGCUCCACGUCCUGGCAGCCGCGGCUGAUAGCUGUGGACCUGAAGGGCGCCAUGGGCGCGUGGGGCGGGGGCGUCGACGAGGUGCAGGAGGAUCCCAACCAGCUGAUGAGCAACCUGCUCUGGGAGUACGGGGCGGAAGAGUUCCGAGCGGAUCCCCUGGAAAGCCACCCGUUCCAGCAGGACCUUCUGCUGGAAGAGCAGCACGGGGCUGGCGUUGGUGACCAGGAGGGCGACGAGAUGGUGGCAGACGCCGACGCUGAGGAAAACGCCAGCGAGGCUUGCGAGGAUGCUCCAGUUGUCGAGACGGCUCGAACUGCUGCAAAGUACGACUUCAGGAACACUGUGAAGACAUGGACCGAUUACCUCAAGGUUGUGCUUCCCGCCUCUAGCAUUCGAGAGUUGCAGGGUCUGCACCACGGAGUUGCCCCUUUCGUCACGUACUUCGACGGGAAGGCAAUCAAGGGGUAUGAGGACGAAGCUGUCAUCGAUCUGGUGCGCCGGCAGCUCGAGUCAUGCGACCGUCUGGAUUCUGUGCACACCCUCGUUGAUGCACACAAUGGCUUCGGUGGCGUGGCGAACCUGGUGCACAGCUGGCUACAGGAGGAACAGCCCAAGUGUGGCAGGCUUGUGGUGGCGGUGCAGCCCGAAGCCACCGAGGAGCCGCCAGAGGCCACGCUCGACCACUCCACGGUGACCAGCCGGGCGCUCGGCUCAGACGCGGAGGCCUGCACCUGGGUGAGCUGGGAGACCCCGCCGCCUUUUGGGCCGACCGAUCUGAGCCCGUGGGCCCCGAUGGGGCUGGGCUUUGGAGCCGGCUGGGGCCUGAG